GAUCUAUCAAGAACUAGCACAUUAUCAUUUCCUGGCUCAACGAUUUGCUCAAGAAGGAGCACUCAAGGGAUUUUCCUAUUGUUCCAGUCCAUCUGAAACUCAAAAUCGUGAGGACCUUACGAUUUCCAAAGGAUUUACCACGAUUUUUCGUGGGUAGGUGCCCAUCAAUCCUGCAGGUUUGGAACCACUUCUGUAUACUCGCGGUACUCAUCUGAUCAGGUUUUUUAUCAGUGCAACACUCGGGUUAGUUCACAGAGGAUGCAGCCUUUGGGUCUCUGCAUUCUGAGGCCGAAGCCGGAUCCUACAGAAUCACACUUACCGAUAGUGUUUUCAAACGGGAAAGAAAUUGUUACCUCCCUGAAUCACCUGAAGAAGGACCCACUGGAUUUCGAGGCACUGCCUACUGUCGAUCAAUCAUUCAAGACUGAACAAGUUGGCACACUAGACUCAUUGGAGGGUCGUAACAACCCUGCAACUGGAGAACCUCUGGUACCGGAUAUUUCUGAACACGGUAUCCACGCACAAGAACAACCAACUCACCAUUGUGAAAACUGUGAAGAAACAUUUUCAGACAGGACCGACCUCCUCGCUCACCUAAAGAGUGUUCAUUUGAAGCAACGCGAUCACACAUGUGAAAACUGUGGAAAAUCGUUUCCCCUAAGGUGUCGUCUUCGGGCACACGUAGAAGCCGUCCACUUGAAACAACGCGACCAUACCUGCGAUCGCUGUGGUAAAUCGUUUCCCAGGAAUUUCGUUUUACAGAAACACAUCAGUUCUAUACAUUUGAAGCAGCGAGAUCACACAUGCGAAUACUGUGGAAACUCUUUUUCCGUAAAGUCCCACCUUCGGACGCACGUAGACGUUGUUCACCUGAAACAACGCAACCAUACCUGCGAGCGCUGUGGUAAAUCGUUUUCCUUGAAUAGCGCUUUGCAGAGGCACAUCAUUGCUAUCCAUUUGGAGCAGCGAAAUCACACAUGCGAAUACUGUGGAAAAUCAUUUUCCAUAAGAUGCUACCUCCGGAGACACGUAGAAGCUGUUCACUUAAAGAAACAGCCCCACAGAUGCGAGCAUUGUGACAAAUGCUUCUUUCAUGGCGGGGCUUUGAGAAGACACAUUGGAGCUGUGCAUUUAAAGCAGCGAGAUCACACAUGCGAAUACUGUGGAAAAUCAUUUUCCGUAAGAUGCUACCUUCGGACCCACGUGGAAGCUAUUCACUUAAAGAAACAGCCCCACAGAUGCGAGCAUUGUGACAAAUGCUUCACUCAUAGGAGUGUAUUAAGAAGACACGUUGAAGCAGUGCAUCUAAAAGAGUCUACAGACAGAAAGCAGAGUUGUUCAUGAACACCAUCAAGCUUGGGACCCGUUAUGUAACGCUGUAUUUAUCCCACGCAUUUGUAGAUUUGUGGCCUGUGUCGUCUUGUGAUAAACCCUUUUGAGAU